UAACUAACCGAAUAUAUCUCAGGCCUAGAAUAGCAUGGCUAUCGGCAAGAACAAGCGCCUGUCCAAAAGGAAGGGAAACAAGAAGAAGCUCAUCGAUCCAUUCACAAAGAAAGAAUGGUACGAUGUCAAAGCACCAAGCAUGUUCACUGUGAGAGAUAUCGGCAAGACCCUGGUGACCCGAACCACCGGUAUGAAGAUCGCUGCUGAUGCCCUGAAGGGACGAGUGUACGAGUGUGCUCUCGCUGAUUUGAACGACGACGAGAACGCUUUCAGGAAGUUCAAGCUUGUCUGCGAGGAUGUCCAAGGCAAAUACUGCUACACCAACUUCCACGGUAUGGACCUCACCAGAGACAAGCUCUGCUCUCUCGUCCGAAAGUGGCAGACACUCAUCGAAGCUCACGUCGAUGUCAAGACCACCGAUGGAUACCUUCUCCGUGUUUUCUGCAUGGGAUUCACCAAGCGAGUAAGCAAGCAGAUCAAGAAAGCUGCCUACGCCAAGAGCUCCCAAGUGCGAGCUAUCAGGAAGAAGAUGGUCGAUAUCAUGGCCAAGGAAGCCUCCACUGAAGACCUGAAAUCCUUCGUCAAUAAACUUAUACCAGACAGUAUCGGCAAAGAUAUCGAGAAGGAAUGUAUGGACAUCUACCCCCUCCACGACGUUCACAUCAGAAAAGUAAAGGUCUUGAAAAAGCCCAAAUUCGACGCCAGUAAACUUAUGGACCUUCACGGAGAAAUGGGCGGUACAACUGACGAAAGUGGAGAGAUUGUUUCAGCUCCCGGUGAAUUUGUCGAGCCUAUCAUUCAAGAGUCUGUUUAAGUUAUUGUUUAAAUAAUUUUUAUCUAUCUAA